CGCUGAUUGGUCGAGGAUGGAUGGAGGGGGGAAAUGAGUCCUUGCUGCACCACAGCUGCGGCGGCAGUGCGUGUUCCAGGACCGGCGCCGACAUGCUGUGAGAGGCGAAGGUUUUGAGGAUUCGCCCUCGGCAGGGCGCGGUCUGUUCGAGGCGACGCCAUGCGUGAGGCCGCGCCCGGGAGUAGCGUCAGCGGCGGCCAUCUUGUGCAGUGCGAUACCCCAGUGAGCGGCGGCCAUCUUGUGCAGUGCGAUACCCCAGUGAGCGGCGGCCAUCUUGUGCAGUGCGAAGCCCCGGUGAGCGGCGGCCAUCUUGUUCAGUGCGAUACCCCAGUGAGCGGCGGCCAUCUUGUGCAGUGCGAUACCCCAGUGAGCGGCGGCCAUCUUGUGCAGUGCGAAGCCCCAGUGAGCGGCGGCCAUCUUGUGCAGUGCGAUACCCCAGUGAGCGGCGGCCAUCUUGUGCAGUGCGACGCCCCGGUGAGCGGCGGCCAUCUUGUGCAGUACGAAGCCCCGGUGACUGUCAACCUGCUCGUUCGCCGCGUGCACCCUGACGCCUCCCCAGACCCGAGGGCAGCCAAGCAGCCUGGGGGCCGGGGGCGGUGCUCUGAGGAGGCGGGGAUGCGGGCGGCGGCGGCGGCGGCGGGACUGGUGAUCCUGGCGGCCGUCGCAGUGUUGGUCCUGCACUGCCUCGCCCGCUCCGCGCUCUCUGUCGAGGGGGACACACACCUCGGGGCAGGGGACGCUGGCGGCGACUCGCUGAGAAACAGCACUUACAUGGACGACGGCACUCCCACGGUCAACAGCACUGCCGUCGACAAUGGCAGCGCCCUCGCCAGCAACGAAACUGAUCCUAAAGUAACCACCGAAGCUGCCGACGGCUGCGGCGCGCUUCAGUUGCCAUGUUUGCAGCCAGGGGGUGCCAGCUCAAGGGGCGAGUGCCCGCGCUACUACAGUCCGGCACAGUGGUCUGCACAGCCGCCUGCAGUGGUGGUCCCCAUGUUGCACCCCAUCAGGUACGUGGUGGUGUCACACACGGCCAUGAAGCGCUGCAGUUCCUUGGAAGCCUGUGGCAAGCAGCUGCGCUCCAUGCAGCACUACCACCUGAAGAAAGGCUAUGAUGACCUCACCUACAACUUCGUAGUGGGCAACGACGGCUCGGUGUACGCAGGGCGAGGCUGGUGGCGUGCAAGCUCGCACCUGAAGCAGCGUGGCAACGUCACGCUGGGCGUGUCCUUCUUCGGCGACUACAGCGACCAGUCGCUCACAGAGUUGCAAGUGAACUCGACGGCUCUGCUGCUGGAGCAGGGAGUGAAGUGCGGCUACCUCGCGCCCGACUACCAGCUCGUAGCACACAACCAGACCCACAACACCAACAGUCCGGGCCUCUUCGUCUUCAGGGAGAUACAGAAUUGGCCGCACUACUCGCCCAUCAAGCUCUUCUACAGUGAAGUGACUAUGAGCGCCGAUGUGAGGAAAGGGGACAGGCCCAUUGAACCGACGGACUCUGAUUCCAGCGACGACAGCUCCACGUGGGAAGACCAUGGAGACGUUACCUCUGACGGGGUCUCCGUGUCGCAGGCUAGGACUCCCGGCACGGCCUUCUACGUGCAGCAGUCCAAGGACGUGCAGGUGGGACCGCGGGCCGUGUACCAGAGCCCCGUCACCUUCAACCAGAACAUCGUGGUGACCAGUGGUGGCGUCGCCGAGUCGCCCGGCGCCUCUGACCUGGUCUCCGGCGGCCUGUUCGGCGCCUUGGUGAGCUACGAGGGCGGAGCGCCGGUGGUGGUGGCGAGGAAGAAGGGGCUGGCUUCGUGCCGAGCACGGCCGUUCUUCUGGGGGCUCCUAGUGGCCGCGGCGCUGCUGGCCGUGGCGGCGGGGGCCACGGUGCUGUCGCAGCCCGCCGUCCUGGGGCUCUCGCGCUGGGGCGAGGGCGAGCCCACGGUGGCUCCCCUAGAGUAUCCUGUCAGUGGCAACAAGACGCUGGACAACGGCCGCAGAAUCCUCUCGAAGAAGGAGUGGGGGGGCCGGGACCCCCGCAACGCCACGUGGCUGGUGCACCCCACCAAGUACGUGGUGAUCUCGCACACGGCCGGGAACCUCUGCUUCGACGUCCACACCUGCGCGGCCAUCGUGAGGGGCAUUCAGGAGUACCACCGCACCCUGGGCGCUCUCUUCGACAUCUCGUACAACUUCCUGGUGGGCGGGGACGGGAACGUGUACGAGGGCCGCGGCUGGGACUUCCGGUCGGCGCAGACGGGCUUCGUCAGCGGCGACAACGUGGACGUGGGCCUGAUAGGGAACUUCGUCUGGGACUCGCCCAGCCACGUCCAGACGGACUCGGUCCAGCAGCUCAUCAAGAGAGGCGUGGACUUGGGGAAGCUGGACCCCAACUACAAGCUGGUCGCGCACAACCAGACCUUCAGCACCAUCAGCCCCGGUCCUAACGUCUACAGACUCAUUUCCAAGUGGCCUCAUUUCUACGUGCCUUCAGCAGAGGACCCCGCGUAG